AUGAGUAAAGACUACGACCAACCCCAGACCUCACCUCAAGACAAUGGGGGUUCUACAAACUCAAAAGGAAAGGCCAAAGAUGCAAGCGCUGAAGACUCAGGCUCAAACACCAACAAACUUCAGGCUUCUAGCAGACUGGUGCUCAACGCUUUUGGCACAGGACCAGAUCUAAGUGGUCAGUCACCUGCGGGAAAAGCCAGCUCAAAUAGUAUCAACAAUGUCGGCAGUACAUCGUCAAGUGCAGGAGAAGCAUCAUCGCAUAGAUUGCGCUCAACGGUCCAGGGUGAAUCAUUGCGCUCGCGGAUGAACAUAGAUAAUGGAGCAUCCGCACAAGCAUUUAACGAUUUCGUUACAGGCGACUCUACGUUGGGAAUUGAAGAUACCAAUCGAUAUCAAAAGUCACAACCCCAAACUUACGAUCUGCCGAAUAUACAAAAUGCUGUUAGUGAGCAGGAGGAGUUAGACGGUGCUGCCGUUGUCGACCUUCUCGAUGGUCCAUCUGAGGAGCUCGACGCCGUCCUACUGGGGGCUGAGGACCCCAAUGCCAAAUAUGAAGGGUUGACAACUGAAGCGGCGAACAAGCUACGAGAAGCUCUUUUCCCUACCAAUUCGGUUUCUUCUGGCCCUCGCUUGAACGAUUUGCUCAAUUUCAAUCCCGAUUUCCUUAGUCAGUCCGGAACCGAGGCUGAUUUUGAACGACAGCUCCACCUUGGAACAACGGAUACCAACGAAGCGAGAAGCAGUUGGCUCCAGCAAUGGGACAACGUACUCAAUGGGUAUGCCAACUAUGUUUGGGGCGAUCUGGAACCAUUGAUAGCUGAAGCCCGAAGAGAGGUUGAAGACUAUAGAGCCCAAGGCUCUGAAGCUGCACCAGAUACUAAGGCGCUGGAUCGACUAACACAGGUUCUUGCUCACGUACGAGGAUUUUGA